GAUGGAUUGUUGAACAUGUCUGCGUCUAUGGUUUUGCAGCUCCAACACUCACCUUACGAAUUUCUUGCUGGAGCAGAGGUACUAAAUAAGUGUCCAGGAAACAUUAUAAAUGAAAUUUGCCAGGCAGUAAUAUCAGAGCUUCAUGCACCUAUUGAUGAAGUCUGCGUAACAGCCAUAUGUCAAAAAUGUCACCAGUUAGGGUCAAAACUGACAUCUACAGAUAUACAGAUGGCUAGCAGUGCACUUCAGUUUUUAUUCAGGUCGUCUGCAAAGACUGGUGUAACAGCAGAGGAGCUAGUAAAGAACUUGAAGUGGAGUAUGUCGUGGAGUGAUGUGGCCAUCAGUGUAAUUGGAAGUGUCUGGGAUGAACACUCGGGGCAAAUAAAGAUGCAUAGUCUAAGGGACUGUGUGCAGUGUGAAACUAGUGUUAGCAAGCUGAUUGACCUUCAGUGGAAGCUUGGCAUUGCUAUGGCAUCCGAUUCCUGCAGGAACCUUGGUGCCCCCUAUGUCACCGUUAUACUUAAAUUGGCCGACUCCUCGGGAAAGGUCAAACAGAUGAUCUUUGAGAUGUCCAUUCCAAAAUUCACAGAUUUUUCUAGACGGCUAGGAGAAAUGGCAACGGUUAUGGAGACCAUGUAGCCUGCAUUUGAGAUGUUACUGCAAUCGGCAUAUGUGUGUGAUCACGUGGCAUGUUUUAGAUACACACAUAUAUCAACAGAUGCAGCAAUGACACAACCAGUGUUGACUGGUACAUGAUACGUCAGUUGCUAAGGUGAAACCACACAUCCUGUUGUCAUUAGUGGGUUAGGGUAGUACUUGUGCUAUUUUUGGCUGGGUAACACAACUAGAGUACCGAAGGUGAUGCUGACAAUGAUUGUACAGCAUAUUGCUACCCUACCAUGAGAUGUAGUACUAUACAGUGCUGAAGGGGAAAGAAAUUUCCUGGUAUUUAAUUGGGACUGCUUGAGAAUGAUAUUUACAUCUUCUCUUGAAAAGGAGAAAGAACAAAUGCCGCAGAGCGACAGCGCUCACCUGGCGGUAGGUGUUCUGAUGCUAAACUCACUGGCAAACGAAUGAAGAGCAC